UGUAACGGCAAGAUGUCCUCGGAGCCCCACUUGCCAUAGUGACACAAGGUACUUAGAAGCUUGUGAUCCCGGAUUGUCGUUUUGUGUUUAGAGAUUUUGGCGCGCCAAUGGCGGCAAAGAUAUCCGAAUAGGGCUAGGGUCAAACGUCAUGUUGGGGCUAAGGAUAGUGUAAGAUAUUUGCUCGCACUUCCCAAGAAUGAGCACUCUGUCAGCACUCGGCACAUGCGCACCUGUUUCCAUUCCACUUGUUGACAUGCAUACAAGACCCAGGACAAGUCUAUCGUUUCGGAGUGACAGUCGUUCGGCCUUCCGGUUGAAGGGAUUCAGGUGGUACCGAAUCCAACAACAAGCAAUCGUUUCAGAAGUUCUGUUUUGAUGAUCCGAGGUCUGCCUUUUGGACCACUCGAAGAAGUACCCUGCUACCCCAUUAUCCCAAAUUUUGUUCCGUGCUUUCUUGUCAUUGCUACUCCCACAAAAAUAGAUACCAUCAACACAACAUGCAAUCUACAAGCUACAACAAUGACGCCUCUUGGCAACCAUGGCUGGUAGUGUCAGUUGCAUUCUUACUAAGUCAACAGCAGCAGCAACAAUCUCCUGCCAUUAUCGAGCAGUUUUAUUGGUUGGUUGACCAUGCAUUGGUGCCACUCUACACCCUGGGUGUUCUUGCAUAUCUGAGUGCCUUGGUGAUUCAACGACACGUUGUGCCCGAGGUCAAACAACGGACAGAUGCUUCCAAGCAAAAACAGGGUCACAAACAAAAGCAAAAAGAUGCUUUGGAAUCCGAUGUUGGAACUGUCAUGAGUGGGGAAGAUGCCGAGCAACCCAUUGAUAUGACUGGAAAAUACAAGCUGGUGUCCGUGGAAAACUUUGACAAGUUCUUGGCGAUUCAAGGUGUCCCAUAUUUUCUACGACAGGCUGCAUGCAAAGCACGUCCGGUCCACAGAAUCACUCACAGAGGCAACCGUGUCACAAUUCGCAUAGAAGGGAUAAUUGUGACACAAACAACCUAUGUCAUUGGGGGCCCACCGGUUGAGGUUAGCGUACGAGGGCGGAAAUUCCAGGAUCGAAUGGUAUACCUGGAGAAUGGGAAAGGGAUUCAGGGAAUCAAGGAGGCGGUCACGGAAAACUACAAUGUCUUCAUCGACCGGGAGCUCUCUGAAGAUCGGCAGAAGAUCACCCUCACGAGUCGGGCCAUAUUCAAGGAUGAUCGGGAAACUGUAGAAAGCGUUCAAAUCUUUGAACGACUGGAGUGAAUAGUCGAAUGAUACCAACCUGAUCCACCUCUAGCAAGAAUGAAGUAUUAUUGGGAAUGGUUUUCAUCUGCAGGCGCUUUUUGAAGCUAUCCUUCACCAUUCUCAAUAUGUACAAACAAAAGAUUGGCAGGAAUCCGUGAUGUCCCGAAGAGAGAGAGAGACAACAAAGACAACAAUGUAGCACUUCUUGCGCUGGAUAAUUUGACUGCGAACUCUCCGAAGACAAACAAAAGGUCACCCUCGCGAGUUGGGCCGUGAUCAAGGAUGAUCGAGAAAUGUAGAAAGCGUUCAAGUCUUUGAACGAAGGGAGUGAAUUCUUUGGAGUGAAUAUCGAAUGAACCCAACCUGGUCCACCUCUAUAGAAAGAAUGAAGUAUGAUUGGGAAAUAGUUUUCAUCUGCUGGCACUUUUUUGCUUCGCCAUUUUUUAAAUGUAUAAAGAAAGUAUUGGCAGGAAUCCUUGAUGUCCGGAAGGCAGAGAGAGAGAGAGAGAGAGAGAGAGAGA